AUGGACAGCAAACGCGCAAGAAAGCCAAAUUUUUCUUCGGCUGAAUGUGCAUUAAUUUUGCAAUUGGCCGAAGAAAAUAUAGGAACAAUUCGUGAAAAAUUCUCGUCAACCCUAACGAAUCAAAGAAAGAAAGCCGUUUGGCAAAACAUUUCCGACAAGGUCAAUUCUCUUGGCGUAGCGAAAAGGAGCUCGUCCGACGUACGGGAGAAAUGGAGGGCUAUGAGAAAUGAGGCGCGAAAAGAUUUUUGCCGAGACAAAAAUGCUAUGGGAAAGACCGGGGGAGGAAGGCCGCCAGCCCCGCCGAAAGCAACGAGUUUGCGAAUCCAAGACCUUUUUGGGGACGAACCUGGGUUCUCAGGGAUUGUAGGUGGCAUUGAGUCAGAAACUUGUGUUACAACAUCCCAGCCUGAAUGUGCAAUGAGCCAUUCUGUUAUUGAGUCCGAUAGUAUAAUAUCUGACUCAAUAACGGAAAUACUUGAAGCAACAGCACAGCCAACAACAUCAGAGCUGUCUGAGCCAUCGCAAGAGAUAUGUGAUUUAUCUCCUCCACCCAAACCAGUGAAACCACCGGCUGCAAAGAAACGCAAGGUUUCUACACAGGACAUCCAGCAAAUGCAACUGGAGGUCCUGACCAUAGAGAAGAAGAAAAUUGAGAUGGAGGUAGAGAACAUGCAACUCAUGAAUCAGAAGUUAAGGCUUGAGAUUCAAGAGCUUUUGGCAAGGAGUCAACCUGUUAUUACCAUUGUUGACAACAAUUAG